AUGGAGACCACCGUGGCCUCCAGGCACAACACAGACCAUACCAUCCACAGACAUGAUGAUGUCAGUCUACCUCCCCAAGAGCGGUUCCAGAUCUUAAGUGCUCUAGGGCAGGACAUCAAAAUCAACAAAAAAUUUUCCAAGGCUUCUUACAUGAGCCUGAGAGACGACUUCUUCAAAAUGGCAGCUGACCUGGAAGAAUGUGGAAAAGAAGAAGCAGCUUUUAUUCUCUAUCAUAAAUUCCUCACAUUAUAUUUGGAAAAACUGAACAUUGGCCCAAAACUCCGAAAAAGGGAUGCGCAUGGAAGAAGAUCGAAUUUCAUCAAGAUCCUAAACAUCGUUUUUGACAGGGCCGAGACUCUAAAGAGGAAACUAAUAAACAAAUAUAACAGGGAAUACGAAAAAUACCUAAUGGAGAUGAAGCAGAAAGAAGAGGAAACAGCCGAGCGGGCAUCCUUCUGGGAGGACAUAAAAUCAGGAUGUUCCGGUUAUUGCUCUUUUCCAUUUGACCCAUUGAAUGGACCUGAAGAAAACAGAAGUGGAGAAGUAGGAGCUGCUAUUACAUUAUCAGCAAAGGAAGCUCGACCUUCCUCAAUACCAACCAAAACCUCCAGCCCACCACAGCAGUGUCCAAUAGAGGAGAAUGCUAAGUUUGUCACCCCAGGCACAUCAACAUCUGCCAAGCAGCCUGGGGAUAAUGAUCCAGAAAAAAGCACAGGGUUCUCUAGUUGGCACUCUGUUCCUUUUGAUCGAUUGUAUGGACCUAAAGAAAACAAAAGUGGAGAAGUAGGACCUGGUGCAACAGUAAAAACAAAGGAAGCUCAACCUUCCUCAGUACCAAACAAAACAUCCAGCCCACCACAGCAGUGUUCAAGAGAGGAGAAUGCUAAGGUUGUCACCCCAAACACAUCAACAUCUGCCGAGCAGCCUGGGGAAAAUGGCCCAGAGGAAAGCACAGUUCAGGAAGUCAGAGGCCUACAUCCUGUGAUCCUCCCUCAUGAUCUAUGUGAGAAAUUUCUUAAGUCUGCAAGGAAGAACACUAAGAAGAAAAUUGAGACCUGUGGUGUUUUGUGCGGAUCCAUGGUAGGAGAGGAGUACCAGAUCACGCACAUAGUCAUACCACUCCAGGAAGGAGGCCCUGACUACUGCUAUGCCACCAAUGAAGAGGAACUGUUUUUUAUUCAAGAAGAACUGGGGCUUCUCACCUUAGGGUGGAUUCAUACCCAUCCAACCCAGAGAGCAUUCUUGUCAAGUGUGGACCUACACACCCAUUUUGGCUAUCAGCAGAUGCUGCCUGAGUCCAUCGCAGUGGUGUGUGCCCCCAAAUACAAAGAAACUGGAAUUUUCUCACUGACACCUACUGGACUAAAAGAAAUUUCCUGCUGCCCCUGGAGGGGGUUCCAUCCUCAUAGAGAGGACACUCCUCUCUUCAGCGACUGUGGCCAUGUCACUACACGGAAAACCAAAGUGAUGGUCACAGAUUUACGAUGA